GCUUCCGGUGACUCGGGGGACCCAGGCUGGAGGGAAGGGAAAAGAGACUUUGGAGACCCGGCUCUCUUCUUUUAGGACUCCAGCACGCCCUUGGGCCCAGAGAAGACGACUCCUCUCCCGAGGUGACACCUGUCACCCGGCAACGUUUAGGCGCGGGUCCAAAAAUCACGGUUAUCUGAUUGGCAAGGUUGGAGGGGCUGGACGGCGCUGAUUGGUUAGCUGGCCGUCGGACCAGGCUUCACCCGGUUACGGAAGCCGACGAGGGUCGAGCGCGGGGCCGGGCCUGAAGGAAGUUAGGCGCAGAACCCCAGGUCGCGGUGGCGAGGGACUCGGACCCGAUGGCGACCCCAGAGGCCAGCGGCAGCGGCGGGAACGGCGAGGGCAGCGACCCCUCCGUCACCUACUUCCGGCUGGAGGAGGUGGCGAAGCGGAACUCCGCGGAGGAGACGUGGAUGGUGAUCCACGGGCGAGUCUACGAUAUCACCCGCUUCCUCAGCGAGCAUCCUGGUGGGGAAGAGGUUCUGCUGGAACAAGCUGGUGCUGAUGCAACGGAAAGCUUUGAAGAUGUUGGCCACUCCCCUGAUGCCAGGGAAAUGCUAAAGCAGUACUACAUUGGUGAUGUCCAUCCGAGUGACCUUAAACCUAAAGGUAGUAACAAGGAUCCUUCAAAGAGCAGUACGUGCAAAAGGUUAGUAUCUCCCUAUGAAGUUCCUUACACUCUGCAUAAUGUUUGUUGCUGGGCAUAUUGGAUUCUCCCCGUCGUGGGCGCUAUUCUUGUAGGUUUCCUGUAUCGUCACUUCACGAGCGACAGCAAAUCCUCCUGAGGAGACCGUGCUGAAGUGUGGGAGCGCAUGCUCCAGGGAGUGAGAAGUAGAGACUGACUUUGGAGGCUGCAGCAAUGCUCCCUCCUUGAAUCCUGCCAGUUCCCCCACUUGAAGCCAAGAUGGUUGACCAGAUGUCUAUCCUCCUUCGAUCUAGGACCAAGGUCCUUCGCCAGCCAGAGCCUGAUGCCCAGAGCAGCUACUCACAUUGUGUCCUUGCCAGGGUUUCUUCUCACUGGCUUCCACUUGUUCCCUUCAUUUCGAGAGUUAAUACUGAUGAUUAGCGUUCCUGUGUUGUAUUGACACGGCCUUUGGGGACAAGAUAUGAUUUCUGAUACUUUGAAUUUGCAUUAGAUAUAUUUAAGGGAACAGUACUCUAGUUUUGAAUCUUUUCCUGUUUUUCUUUUAAGUAAAUUUAUUUUUUUAAUUCUGAUUUAAUUUUGACAUUUAUCAUAAGGGGUUUAAUUCAUGAAGUUAAGAUGUGUCUCUCUUAGUUAAAACAUAGCUGCCAAUUAUCUUAUUUAUGAUUAUUAAAAGUAAGGGGCCUGAAAGAUAGAUCUUAGGGUAAAAGCAAUUGCCACAAAGCCUGAUGACCUGAGUUUCAUUCCCUGGACCCACAUGGUAAAAGGAGAGAAUCAAUUCCCAAAAGUUGUUUUCUGACCUCCACAUGGAUGCUGUGGCCCUAGUGUACACGACAGGUACACACUUUUAGACAUAACACACACAGGCACAGGCCAAGCACACAUUAAACAAAUGUAAUUUAAAAAACAUAUACAAAAAAAAUAAAAAUUAAAAAAAAAAAAGACUAUGUGGUUUUCUCCCUCCCAGAUAGUGUAGCUGAUGGCACCUCCCGUCCCUAAGUCCAGCCCCUUUCUUCCCAAGAGUACUUUACAAAACUCUGCAUCCCUUUGUUUCAUAGGUGUAGAAGAGCUGAAGAAAGGGACCAGUGAGUUAAGGUGAAUUCAGAAUAAUCUCUUUUCAAAAGGGAACAAAACACCACUUACAGGACAGCAGUUUAAAGAAGCAAGCGACUUGCUCUCUCUGCCCAACACCAGUUUCUGAUGGUCUUCCACCCUGGCCGUCUUUACUGGGGAAAGAUAAGUGUUACCAUGGAGCUUCCCUAAAGCCUGGGAUUAUGUCUGUGGGGCUUCACGGAAGGCUCUUGCUGUUUUUCUGUUUACCCAUGAACAAAGUUUUGAUUCCCUGUUUUACCAAAGUAAGAGACUCAAGUUUGGCCUUAUCUCGGUAAAAUAACUUACAUAUAAAUGUCUUUGUCGGGGCAUGCCGCUUCAGAUCGGGAGACCUUGCCAAGAGACUUCUGUUCUCGUCUGUGGUUUACCUCCAUGGCUCCAACUUGGUGAUCUUGUUCUACUUUUCUUUUGAGGAUUAUUAUGAUAAGUCUGGAAGCUUUUUCCCCCUCUCCCUUGGAUAUGAAUUUCAUUGGAAAGUAGUUAAUCGUUUAAAAUUACUGUUUCUCAUUGGCCCAGGCACUUUCCUGGCAUCUUUGGCUUCAUUCUUUUCCCCGUGGCGGUACCUGACAGUUUUCCAGCUGUUUUUUACCCAUUAGCCAAGAUUUUCCAGCACAUCCUUUGUUCAUUACCAGUCUGCUUCUGGGCUGUUGUCACAUCCAGCAGGAAGCCAUUCAAUUCUAGAAGGACCAGAGAUGCUGGGAAGUGUCUCCUGCCUCCCUUCCAGCUUGCCAGGGGCUUGACAGGACAGGAAACUGCACAUUAAACCAGUCUGCCAUGCAAACUAUUUAAGAAAAAGUUCAGCCCAGGACUUCUAUCCUGUGAUUUAGCAGUUGAAUGAAUUCAGAAUUCAUCAAAAUAGCAUUAGCCUUUUCCUUACAUACUUGGAUAUGAUAUUUUAGAGUAACUUCUAGAUGACUUUUAUAUAUCAGGGAUAUAGACUUAAACUUUCUCUUUAGAGAUGUCUGUGAUAUGAUAGAUUGAAAUUGUCGUCAUUCUGUAACAAGUGCCGUGACUGAGUACGCCUCCACUUAAAGGCGAGGAAGGCUUGUGUGCAGUGAGGCCUGGAGUCCACUUCUGUGCUAGCCAGGCUACAUGGAAAGAACAGAGGUACAUGGAGGUACAGGAAUGUUCAAGCUGACACUAAGCCUGAAGAUAACUUGGAUCAGUUGUGAAUAUGUUGGCAAUCGGCUUUGCAUCCAGUGAAAAACUUCUGGUUAUAGGAAAUGUUAAGAACUGGUUUUGGCUGGGCAGUGGUGGUGCACACCUUUAAUCCCAGCACUUGUAAGGCAGAGAGGCAGGAGGAUCUCUGAGUUCAAGGCCAGCUUGGUCUACAGAGCAAGUUCCAGGACAGCCAGAACUAUAUAGAGAGACCUUGUUUCAACACCCCCCACAAAAAAGAACUGUAUUUUUUAAGUAAAAUUGGUGUUUUGAUAUUUCUAUGGUAAACAUCAAUACAAAAAUCGUGUUUUUCUGUUUCACAUCUGUGUCCUUUCCCUGCUUUUAUCUGAGUUUGUUUCUUUUACUGAGAGCCAGAAGGAAAAGAUUUUCAUACUUUUGUCUUUGCCAUUUAUGAAAUCCAUCUAAUACCCAGGGCUUCUUUUGAACCACUGAUAAUGUGAUGUCAUUUUAUGUUAUAAAAAAAGUUGCUUUUUUUUUUUUUUUUGGCCAGGCAUGGUGGUGCAUGACUUUAUUCCCAGUGCUUGGAGGCAGAGGCAGACAGUUCUUGAGUUUUAGGUCAGCCUGGUCUACAUUGCAAGCUUCAGGCCAGCCGAAGCUACAUAGUGAGACUGUCUCAAAACAAAAUCACAAAACCCCUUUUAGGUCUGUCCGCUAUAUAAUUCUGUUGCCUACAUAAACAGCUAGGGGAUGAGGGAGGUCUUAGCUGAGAGUUUGUUAAGACUUUUCCUAAACAAAGCAAUACAGCAUGUGCAGCAAAUGCAUUAAGAAAGACUGAACUUGUUAAAGAAGCCUUGACAUUUGUGGGUCAUGCAGAAUGUCCCUGUUGGCUGAGAGUACCCCUAACUUGUGGGGUGUUUGGUUGUUUAUUCUUAAAGUGGCCUGCUGCCAUCAAACACAAAAGAGGGAAUUUGUGCUACUGAGACACAAGGUGUUACUGCCCAUUCUCUUAAAGUUCCUACCUGGCCCUGGGAGCUGGUUUUCCUUUCCAAGUGACUGCAUGUUUGGAAAGAAAGCAAUGGGGCACAGUUUAUGGGCUGUGUUUACAACUCCUUGUGUGAUUACUUAAGCAGAGACGAGUCUGUCUGUCCAAAGCUAUCAUUUGAGCUAUAGGCUCUUUCAGCAGUUGCUGCCGGGGCUGAUGGUGUUGGGUUUGUGCUCAUUUCGUGCUGCUGUGGGGCAAUGAGAAGUGCUGUUACAGACGGAUGUGUCAUCACGGAUGGCACUCACACUUCAUCUCAGGUGAUACCCGUCUGGCUGAAGUCCACCUGGGGGACUGAAGCACAGCAUGACUGUUGUUGCCUCCUACCCCAAGGGAAAUGCAUCCAGACAUGGCAUGUCUCAACAAGAAACUGAAGGUUUGAAGCUGUGCGAUUCAGUUGCCAGAUAUCGCAAAAGUAAAGGAGAGCUCCGCCAUAUUUGGCCAGCUUUGGAAUUUGUGGGGGUGACCUAGGAGGGGGUUUCUGAAGAAGCAGAGAUGUGCCAGUCACCUGCCUUAUGCCCAGUGUCUUACUCAAGAAUUUCAGUGGUCACUCCUUGCCCACGCCUGUAUCGCCUACACUGGCUGCUUGGGCAGAACACCAUUUCAGUUUUUUAACUUGCUUUCUACUGCACCCUCCACUGUGAGUAACUAAUAUUAACAUUCCUUCUGUGUAUUCAGUGAUGGAGUUUGUUUACCUAUUUGAUUUCAGCUUAUUUUGAACAAAGAUCUUUGUCUCUUUCUACUGGCAUGUGCACACAGUGAAUGUUUGUUAGAACUACACAAUAAAGAUACUGUUUUCCUUUU